AUGCCACCAAAGAAGGUUGUGAAAGCCCCUGCCAAGGGCAAAAAGGUCUCCGCUCACCUUGCUGCCGCCGCCGCCGCCGCCACAGUCGUCGCCACUUGCGAGCCCCGUAACAUAUCCAAUCGCACGUUACAGUGCGAAGCCAAAGGCAUUCCGUGGUUUAUCGGAACCAUGCGGGAAAAUUUCAACCAGGCCCUCUGCCGUACACAGAAGGCCGUCGAGAGUGACGAGAAGUGGCAGGCCGCUAACCCUGCUCACAAAAAGGCCAUGGUCCAGGCUGCGCGCUCCCAAAAGGAGCAACAAGAGAGGGACCUAGGCUAUGAUUGGCAAGUUGCGGCAAGAAAUAUGGGCUUUCGGACCAAGGGCAAUAACUUUCUUUGGAAAGAGGGCUGUCCGAUUUACGGCACCGCAGGAGCCUCGGAUCCUACCGAGGAGGAGGAGGAGGAGGAGGAGGAAUUGCCUUUCUCUCUCCCAGACAACGAGCCAACAACCAAGAAACGCCGCCGGGACGACGAAGACGACGACGAAGACGACCCCAACGGGGAUUAUACCAAACGCGCGUUUAAGCUGCCGCCGUCUUCUCCGGUGCUCUGCGGUCUUCGAAGUUUAGAUCUCUGGUGCCGCCCUGCUCCACUCUGUUUUCCUUGGGUUAGUUUGAUACCCUCAAUCCACCUCAAUCCGUUCGAACAAUCAACAGGCAUGGUUUCUCAAGCUGUCGUUAGACUUUGCGCCACUCCGUGGCCGCCUGGUCACUUGUUUCCUCUGCUGUCGUACUUUUCGCCGCUCCUUUGCCUUCGGGCUCUUCAUAAAGCUGCCGGAGGGCGCAAUAUCUGGACUUGUUUGGUCGAAUAUCGCGAGCUGCAGGCUCAAAUCAAAUUAUUUCUCCGCUCUUCCAUCAUAUUCACACGUGCCAAGACUUCUUGA